CUGCGGCUGAGAGGGUGUGCUAUAUAAACUAGGCUGCAGGAUCCUCCACUAUCAUCACACCUGGAAGAUCUCUCCUGAGAAACCAAAGAGACUAAACCAAAAAUCACCAUGAGGAUGCUGACAUUUUCCGUUCUACUCUGCCUAUCAAUUUCUCUCUCAUGGGCAGCAACCAUCCCUGUGGAAGAAUACACUGAGGUUGUUCCUGAGGAAACUGUAUACAACAACACGGAGGCUGUAGGUGGAAAUGAAGAUGAAGUUCUCCCAGAACUGUCUACUGAAGAUGGAACUGAAGAAGACCAAGUUGAGAGCCGCUUUCUUUACUGUCCCCCUGGCUGGUUCAUGUCUGGAUCACGUUGUGUCCUGUAUGUGAGCUCCCCAAAGAACUGGAUCAGUGCUGAGAAAUACUGUGUGAACCAGAAUGCAGCAUUAGCCUCAGUACAGAGCCCAGAUGAUUACAACUUCCUGCAGAGUCUGACACAAGUGGCAGGCAGAUCGUCAGCUUGGAUUGGUGGUUUCUAUUUCCAGGGUACAUGGAUGUGGAUUGACAGAGUAGGCUUUCAUUACACAAACUGGGCAUCCGUAAACAGUGUAUCAAGCUACCAGUGCAUUCAAAUGCAGACCUUAGGUGGCUGGACAAAUGUAAACUGUGCAUCAUCAUUGCCAUUCUUUUGUGCAAAGAACUCCAAUGGUUGUUAAUACCUGUUUAAAAUUGUGAGUGUAUGUGACAUUAGAAGAGUAUUUCCCAUUUUACAUGACCUAUAUAUUAUAAUGUGAAAGCAUAUUUAGCCAAAGUAUAGCUCUUUUUUAAGUGCAGCUAUUUUUUGCUAAUUGGUGUUUCUAUUAUUUUAAAGAAUCUGUUUGAAAAGUUCAAAAUGCCAUGAUCAUAAAAUAAAUACCUUUUAUUGAUUA